AUGGGGGGCAGGGCAGGCUUCAUUGCGGCGGCGACGACGGCAGCGGCAGGGGGGGGUGUUGGUGGCGGUCGCGGUGGGAACGCCAUCCACGAGAGCCUGGUGAAGGUCUUGCUUCGCGUCGACUGUAUCCAGCCGGAGGUUAUCGAGAUGCUGCUGGAGAAGAUCCCGGAGCUCGUUGGAGAAGAAGAAACCGCCGCGGAGGGAGGGUACGGGUCUGGUCUAGCAGCCCGGGAAAGGACGUUCUCAUGGCAGGCACGUUGUGGGAGUGCUGUCGUUAUCGUUGUUGUUGAUGGAGAUGCCGUGGCGAAGAAGGACCUCCCUCGGCUGGUGCUGAACCAAGUCCGCUUUCUCGACCACCUCGUCGACAGCACUUCGCUCACCAGAAAAAUUCUCGAGGUGUUGACGGUGCUGCCCGUAAGCCUCCAGCGAGAGAUGAUCUCCUACCUGCCGGAGGUGGUGGAAGACGGUGACCACGCGGAGGUUGUGGACACCCUCCAGAGCCUGAAGGACUCAGAACCGCAACUCCUCGUGGCCGUCCUUGACGCCCUCGGCAACCUAUCGCUGCCGCCGCGCCUGCUGGGGGCCAUCACCGAGGACGCGCUUGGGUUGCUGGACAGCGCGCAGCCCUGCACCCUCCCUGUGCUGGUCCGAUUUUUGCUCGAAACAGCCACAGCCGACACAGCCGACGCCGUGGUUAGGGAGUUACGAGAGAGGCUGAGGCUUUGUCCCGUGGUUGGGGGCGGGGGUCGUGGCGGUGUUGAAGAUACGGAGGAAACGGAGGCUCUUGUGCUUAACCCUGGCCUGCAAAGCAAUCGUGAACCUCCCUCCGACUCGGACACGUCUGGCGAUGCGCUCACUUUGGAGGCGUUACGGCAAGGGCUCCGCCUGAGGGGUGAUCUGGCCGCGUGUUUCCUCAAGGCCAUCACCAAGACGGCCGGGUCCGAAGGCCACAGCGUCGUGGACCUGUGGGUGCUCUUCUGCCUGUACGCCAACCAGGACACCCGGAAGAGGGUGAUCGCCCUGUUUCGUCGAAAGAUCAGCUGCGGGCAUUUCACCGAACCCUUGAUGACUGAUGCUCUCCAUGGUCGGGCGGGAGCUCUGCACGGGCUGUUCUUCAGCCUCAUGGGCAUCACUGAUGCGCUGGUGAGCUCCGGGGUUGUAUCGGUUCGGAGGUACGGCGCCAGCAUGUACCGCGAGAUCUUCUCGGGAUUUUCGGAGACCUACCACCGCCAGGAGGUCGUGGGGGCCCUCAUCACGCACUGUGGGGCUGGUUCGGAGCUCGAGACCGAUAGCGCGCUCUCAGCCUUGUCGGCUCUGGCAUCUCCGAGUGACGGAGGGAGUGGCCUACGCCCGUUCGCGGCGUUCAUUCGAGCGCUCAUGGAUUACAUGCAAGGCUACACCCACAACCAGGUCCGGAAAGUUUUCCGCAUUCUGUGCGCGAUGGCGUCGCCCGCGCCGGGGGGGAGGGAGAUGUCUGCAGGGGGAGACAUGGACGACGUUCAUAUUUUCGUGCGCAAGCACGUGGCAAUGUCCCAGAUGGCACUGAAGCAAAUUGGUAUCAUCGGGGCCGUGGCCUUCGUGGAGUUCCACGGCAAGACCGGAGGCGGCGACGGGCCGGGGCCAGCGGGAGGCAUGUUUUCCCAAGACUCCCAGGCCGGAGGAGGCUCGGCAGUUGGGGGCUCCGCGAACGGCGGCCGUUUCCAGACCUCCGGUGCCGGCGAGACGCUGGCCAUGCUCAUGAACCACUGCCGGAAUUCCCAGGACGGGAAGGCGUUUCUGUACGACGAAUUGGCACUGUCGGCGGGGACCGGGGCCCUGGGGAGUGACGCCCUGGAUGCCUUGGUCAACAUGCUCUUAGACCCUCUGACGGAAGAGUUCAUGAACGUGGUCACCGUGGGGGGGGACGAUGACGAGGACGAGGAGGAAGCCGAAGGGGCAGGGGGGCUCACCGACGAGCAGAAGAAAUUUCUGGAAGACGGGAAGUUCUCCGGGGAGCUGUGCGGCGGGGCGGUCAAGGCGAGUCCCUACGGAAACUUGGACCAGGCUGUUGAGGGACAGGUUGCCGAGGUGCUGCUGCUGCCGCUCCUCGCCAGCGAGGAUCAACAGGAGCGCAUGAAGAUUGGCGGCCUCUGCCCUCUAUUCUCUCUGCUGGCGACCUGCCUUCGCUCCCCUCAGUGCGGCCGGGAGCUGGACGAGAUCGCUGCUGCCCUUGGUGCACCGGUCAUCCUCGCUGACAGCCACACCGUUGACAGCUUCAUUGACCUGGAGGAAUCCCACAAGGACGCCGUUAUCGGGGCUCACUACGCCGCCUGCGACUGGGUCCGCGAGCUGGUGAACGCCUUCGUUCUGGAGACCCAUUCCGACUUCAAGGCCAAGCUGGUGCGGCGGAUUGGUCAUUUGUGUCGCCUGGAGUUCGACCUCCUGUUCAUGCUCAAGCGUCACAUCGGAUACCGGCUGCCUGGAACAGGGAAGAGCAUAAUGUCCCCGGCAAACUCCGCUCUCGGCAAGAAAUCAGGUGCUGCAUCGUCGUCGUCGUCCUCAUCCGCGGCUGGCGGCAGCAAAGGGAAGGGCAAAGGGAAAGCGAAAAGUACGGGAAAAGCGACCAAGAAGACGGAAGGGGAGCAGUCGGAGGUGAUGCGGGACACCCUCAGGAGGUCCCUGCGGCCCCUCGCUCCGGAGGCGGUGUUGGUGCUAGGGUUCCCGGGAAUGCUUCAAAAGACUAGGAACACGGUGGGUGACACGGUCGCCGUGGAGUCGAUCAAGGUCGGACUGCGCGGGGUGCAUCUCUUGCUGCAGGAGAUGCAUGGACACCUUAAGAGGGCGCUGGCCGACAAGAACUCCACCCACGCGUUUUCACGCCUCCGGGAGGCGGCAUCUUCGUCCUCCCCUGGGAGUAGCAGUGCAGCAGGAUCCAGGCCUACCCGCCCGGCGCUGGAGCUGCUGACCAUGUACCGCGAGGGGGGUGUGUUCCGCUCUCUCUGGAAACUACUUCAGAUGGUAGGGAACAGCCUGGGAGGAAUGGAGGACGAGAUCGGGGUGUUUUGCUCCGAUAUCAGCGACGAAGAAAUGCUGUUGCCUUGCCUCGAUUUCGCUCUCAAGGUCUUAAGCAUCCUUUGCGGAUCGGAUGAGAUUCUUUGUUCGGAGGCCGGCCGCGAUGUCCUCGGGCAGUGCUUAGCAGAUGCCUUCUACGAUGGCGACCUGGACGAGAGCUUGGACGGGUCGCAGAACCGCCCGGCGGCGGACGAAGCAUUCGUCAUGUGCUUCGACAAGCUUGAGGACUUCGCCUCCACGGUGCAGCAGUUGCCUCUGGCGGUCCAGCUCGUUCAGGUCAUGGAAGCCGUGGCGACAGCAAGAGUUCGCUGCCUCGCCGCCCAGCCAGCCCGAAGAGGAGCAGCGGCAAGAGGAGGCCAGAGGAGAGGAGAAACGCCUGAGCUGUCUCCGCACCAAAAGCUGUCCUCGCUGUGUCUCACACUGCUACAGCGGGAUUGGAGCGAGGGCGACUUGAAGUUCGUGUACAAGAGCUCGACCCUCGGGGUGCUGGUCAGGGCACACCUGCACUGGGCCAAGGACCCGCUCCAGGCGGUAGAGGCGUUGCUGUCCUGCUGGAAGGAUCGGACGGACUUCUCGCCUCGGUCCAGGCUGCCCACCGACGCUCUUCUCAUGCGAACGGAGAGGAUGGUGCUCAUGUUGAAGCUGCUGAUCCUCUUCACCAAGGGCAACCCUACCCUGUCGAGGAGGCUGGUGCUCGUGUCCGCGCUGCGGGAGAGCAAGAAAAUCAUGCAGGUGUUUCUGAAGUCCGCCAUGUCUGUGCUGGAGAGGGCCUUCGAUAGCAACCAGGACGAGGUUUUGGGCAUCGUCAAGGGUCUGCAGAUGCAGAGCCUCUGCGCGCAUGGCAAGGACGUCGGGGAUGCUGCCAUGUCAAAGGAAGCUCCGGCCGUGAAAAAGCUCCUCGAGGAAUUUAUUUUCAGGAUGAAGUCUUUGGUUCAGUCCAACGACUGCCUUGGGGCGAUCUCGGUGGGGAAUCUGAAGAACAGGAGUCUCGACGGAGAGCUGCUCGUCGCACCGGUGGAGGAGAGCGAGGACGAAGAGCCGCCAGAGAGAAACGAAGGAAACGAGGAUUCAGACUCGGACUCUUCGGACUCCGAUUCAGGUAGAGCGGGGAAAAGACGGGUGCAAGCAGACGACGGCGACAACGCGGAGGAAGAGGAGGAGGUGGAAGAAGACGAGGAGGAGGAAGAGGAGGAGGAAGAGGAGGACGUGGAUGAGGGCGAAGACACCAUGCCGCUCGUGCAGAACAACGACAGCGGCUCUGAAACUGACAGCGACGGGUAGUUUAGCGAACGGUGUUGGCAAGCUAGUCAGCCUUGGGUAGUUUGACGAAUGGUGUUGACAACCCGGCCAACCUGGCACAGCACGUGUGCGACUUAUGCUGUAUGCUACGUCGUAGUCAGGUCUAUGAUCUCUCUCUUCACUUACUCGGUGCUGGGUGAGUUGUGGACCAGCCGAAACGUUUCUGUGUUUGGUUGUUUGAGGUCCCCCUCCCUUUGCGUAACGUAGUCGUUAAAUUUACUUCGGAACCCGGGAGUUGCUUGAUCACAAGUAUGUCCGUGUUUUCUCUAUCGAGUGAUAAGCCCUUACAACAAACUACACCGAUGGUUUGGUGCUUUCCUAAAUUUCUCGUUCGUUUGAUUGGGGUUGCGUCGGGGUCAGACUAGGUUUCUCUUGGUCUGUCACAAAAGGCGUAACAAGGACGUUCGGAACAACGUGCAUUAACCCCUUUUUUGCUCCCCGUGUGUGGCGGAUACCGAUGCUUCGAAGUGACUUUCAGUACAGAUGGGCGCUGCUGCCUGUGUUCGCUUUGGGCAGUUUACAUCCGGACGUAUGCUUUCGAUUGGGCGUUUUUGCGUGUAUGGGUUUACAAGCAGUAGGCUCAAUGCUGUUUCUCCAGGUGGCCGUAGUCGGUGUUCUGUGUUUCAUGUGCUGUGUUCGACCGCGCUCUUCCCCGCGGACCAAUGAAACAUUUGUGUGUUUCCCUUCUGGCACGGACCCCCUACCUUCGUGACG